AUGACCGCGCUACAGGGGCUCUGGCCCGAGAUGCAGGACACCUGCACCUCGCUGGGGCUGAUGCUGUCGAUCGUGCUGUUCACGGGGCUGGCCCGCGUGGUCACCCGGCAGCAGCUGAACAGGCCCAUGGCCCACGCUUUCGUCUUGGAGUUUCUGGCUACCUUCCAGCUCUGCUUCUGCACCCAUGAACUGCAACUGCUGAGCGAGCAGGAACCCCGGCACCCCACCUGGCCGCUGACACUAAUCUACUUCUUCUCCUUGGUGCAUGGCCUGACUCUGGUGGGAACCUCCAGCAAUCCGUGCGGAGUGAUGAUGCAAAUGAUGCUGGGGGGGAUGUCCGCUGAGAUAGGUGGAAUGAGGCUGUUGGCUCAACUGAUGGGCGCCCUGUGCAGCAGGUACUGCGUGGGUGCCUUGUGGAGUCUGGAGCUGACCAAGUAUCACGUCAGGGACAGGAGCUUCGCUUGCAGGAAUCCCAUCCAAGUGGACUUGCCCAAAGCGGUCAUCAUAGAGGCCAUCUGCUCCUUUAUCUUCCACAGCGCUUUGCUGCACUUCCAGGAGGUCCGAACUCAGCUUCGUAUCCACCUGCUGUCAGCACUCAUCACCUUUUUGGUCUAUGCAGGAGGAAGUCUAACAGGAGCGGUAUUUAAUCCAGCUUUGGCACUUUCACUACAUUUCAAGUGUUUUGAUGAAGCAUUCCUUCAAUUUUUUAUAGUAUAUUGGCUGGCUCCUUCUUUAGGUAUAUUGCUGAUGAUUUUGAUGUUCAGCUUUUUCCUUCCAUGGCUGCAUAACAAUAAUACAAUUAACAAAAAGGAAUAACUAUUCCAAAAGACUCGGACUAAGUUACAGGACGG